GAGAGAAGGAAGGACGACGCUGCGAAUAAGUUACUCGGCGAGACCCCGCGCGCUUGUCCGCGCGUAUCCACGCGUGCUCGGCCGUGGUAAGACGCACGACGCGUUUACGAGCGCGUUCGAAAUCACAGCUGUGUGUAUAUUAUACGUACGUACGUGUGCGUGUGCGUGCUAAAUGAACGCGCGACGCGACUUAACUGAAGUUCGCCGAGUUUUCUCCGUUUCACGGAACGCGGCGAGUCACUCGAUGCAUCACUCGAGAAAUAUCUCCCAUCGCCGAUCGUUGUUUACACUGUUCAACAGCCAAGUGGGUGCUCGAUAAAGGUCCCCUCGGCGUAAAUGAGCGCUGAGCCGCGUAUUGUUCCGAGAAUCUGUCAACCGUGGCCGCGUGCGAUACGAUUGUGUUCGCUGUGUCGCAGAGAUACGUUCUGGUGAAACGUUCUUGGACCGCUUCCUAAAUUUCAAGAACAGAUAACGAUUCAAGAUUAACGGACUAUGGAAUUUUAUCUCCACGCCUUCCGAUUAUUUCUCAUUCAUCGAGUUUACGUCUCAGAGACCGAGUUCUGAAAAAAGGACACUCGGUUUGUGCAAAACUUGUUCGGUGUCCGUCGUUUUGUAUUCCAUGUUGCAACAAGUGUCCCAUGUUGGGUCCCGUGAGCACGCAAAGGCUGUAGAGUUCUUUCUUCGUGCUCCUGGUAUUGCUCACGGCAGAGAUAAUUGUAUGCUUAUAAUAUCUUUUACCUAUGGUGAUCAAUGAUCGUGAUGUUAUCUGCCAAUGAAUCACCCAAGAUUAGGCCAAGAUACUGGAGUAGCGACGCGCUUCUGGAGUGACAGAGCUCGUUAGAUGCUCCCAGUGGUUGUCCGGUCGACGAAUGUACGUUCCAUAACAGAGCGAUAUAAGGCGAAGCAGAAAGGAAACGGGAGAUAAGAUGGAUAGGGGACACGGUGCCACCUACGCGGGAGGUGAUAACCACCUACUCGAAUACUGGGAGGAAUAUCAGAAGAUGAUAGAGGAGACAAAAAUGCUGGACGACUACUUGGACGAAGAAUGCAGCCCACGGAGUUACGACGUUUUACUUGCUUCCUGCACAGAGGGAGAAGAGGAAGCCGACUGGUUACACGCAGCAGGUUUGGGACAAUUAACGGAGGCGUGGAAAGCAGGCAGGGAGGUGCAACCGGAGGAGUUGGGAGCAGCCCUGCGCCCGCUGUCGCGAGCACAGGCGGAAGCUGUGAAGCGUCGUGUGCGAUCGCUCAACCACACGGUCAAGCAGCGUUUCAAUCAGCGGCAACGUGUCCGCAAGCCAGACAUCAGGGACGUCUUCAAAGACGUGGAGGUCUCCAGUACGGGUACGCGAUCGCGCAGUGCGACUCCUGACUCCUUAGACUCGAUUCCGGGGAAUGCGUCGCCACCUUCGCCGCCGACGGUCACCGUGAUCGAGGAUACGCACCAGAAUGCCUGCGUGCCGAGCUUCGUGUCCAUAUUUCAUCGAAACGAGGGGAAGGCGACGGUGCGUAGGACGCCGAGCGCCCCGCAGACGAUCCUUAACGCAGUGCCCGCUCCAGCUCCGGCGCCUGUGCAGGAAAUUUUCAGGAGGACCGGCAACUGGUCGAGAGGAAACGUCGCGAAUGAUUCUGAGGGAAUUCAGCUGACCGGCUAUCACAGAUUGGGGACGGUGCACAUCGCCAGACCAAUUCAGAGGCACAACAACGGCGACCUCGGCGACGUAUCGAGCACGGCGCAUCUCGACACCGAAUCGGUCAGGAAACUGACCGUGCCGAAGGAAUCGACUCUUCGACGAAGUUCCGGGAGCCACGCGGCGGUAACGCGAAGUCACAGCAGUUUGUACGGUCUGACGAGACCGGCGAACGAGAACUUGAUAGCCCGCCCGUUGAGUCGCACGUCGUCGCAUGGCCAUCUCAGUUUCGAGGAGAUGUGCAGGACGAACGAGGCCAAGUCGCAGGUGUGGACCUCGAAUAACCUCGCGGCCGAUGACGAUUACGCCCGGCAGGACGUGGAGCUGUUGUCGCAGCGGGAUCUCACGAGGCUGCAACCGCUCCUGUGGCUCGAGCUAACGGCGAUAUUCGACAAGUACAACAUACCGCUCACGAGACGAAAGCCGAACAAACGACGGAGGAAAGCUGGAAAUCUGUUCGGCGUGUCUCUGUCGACGCUGCUUCUCAGGGACAGUCAGUUGACGAGCGAGGAGAACAAUAUACCGUUGGUCUUCCAAAAGAUUCUCGACGAGCUGACGAAACGUGGAGUCAAGGAGGAGGGUAUUCUACGCGUCGGCGGUCAUAAGCAAAAGGUGGAGAUGAUCUGCACGGAGCUGGAAACGGAUUUCUACUGCAAGCCAAAGGAGAUGGACAAACUGUUCAAGCGCACGCCGUGCCACGAUCUCUCGGCCGUGUUGAAAAGGCUGCUGCGCGACUUGCCGCAGCCGCUUCUCACUGUCGAACUGAUCGACGCUUUCUAUCAGAGUCACGGUGUGAAGAAUCCCAACGACUUGGUGUACUCGCUUAAUCUGCUGGUGCUGUUGCUGCCGGUCGAGCAUCGAUGCACCCUGGAGACGCUGCUGAACUUCCUCAAGCUCGUCAUCGAGAAUCAGGCGUCGAACAAGAUGUCCAUACACAACGUGGCGAUGAUCGUGGCGCCGUCCCUCUUCCCGCCGCGCUACGUCUACCCGCGCGAUCGCGCCGACCUGACCGCUCAGGUGAACAUGGCCGCGGUGUGCUGCCAGGUGACCGAGGCCCUGCUCAAUAACGUCGACAAGCUGUGGUACGUGCCGACGGAGCUCCUAAAUCAGCUGCGGAGGCAGUCCGAGGUGGACAGAUACCGCAAGUGCAAGAAAAAGUAUUACUGAUCGCGAUUGGAUGAGAUUGUCGUCGUGGACAUUGCGAAAUAUCGUCACAUUAAUGCGUGAGUUGUGUAACAUACAUUAACAAAAUCGAAUCUUACGAGGGGAAGUACUUGAUAAUGAGACCGGGAGACGCUGAUACGGUGCGUCACGCGGUACUCCGAGUAACAAUACAGUGCCUGUCUGCACAUCACGAGAUCUGCAGCGUUAUACUCUUCUUAUUCUGUACGUUGUAAGAUACGUAGAUUAAUUAACGUUAAUUUACUUAAGUAAUCCUUCUAAUGCUCCUUAGUCAAUUAUGAUAUAUUUCUGUUUCACUAAACGUUUUUUAGUGCCUACCGUCGUGCAUUAUCAUGUUUGUCAGUUUGCGAAUGCACGAACGGUGUAACUACUUGUCUGUUUUCAGGUGCAAUAUCUAGUAGCGUAGAUUUUUUCAUUCUUCUUUGGUAAGUUAAAUAUGAUGCGAGGACUACUUCUCUAUAUUACUAUCAAAAUUUUACGUCCCGACAAAUAUUCGUAUGUUACGAUUACAUUACUGCGAAAUGGCAAUUCGUACGUAACAAUCAGGAAUUUAUUUAUGAUGAUGUGCAAAUAAUGAAGGAAUAAUAUGCAACAGUGUUUCAUAAUAUCGUCUAAAAUAAUGCGACAAAUGCAAUUUCAAAUGUUACGUUAUCGCAUUGGCAUUAAGUUUUAUAAUUUAUUAUAUUAAUUAGUAAAAUUAAUUUGUUUGUAGUAAACCAAUCUCUGAAACCUCAUUAGGAUGAUUAUAAUUUCGUUGAUUGUUAAGUCUUCAUUUAAUAUCACGUUCAACAUCGUUAACACACUAUCAUUUUUCGUCUUACUUAAUUUAUGCGAAUUUAACGAGCGCGUAUGUAUGCGCGUGGGUAGUUCUCAAUGUGAAUAAAAUAUCAAGGCGAAUUAAUUAGGAAUGUCGUUAGAGUAAAUUACUGCAAGAAAUUUUCUUGUGUUCGCGAAGAAAGUGUAGAAUUUGGUAUUUAUUAACGUGAUUCUAAUUUUCUUACAUAUGCCUAUACCACGAUGUCGUCAAUGAUGUGCCUACAAAUGUUAUACACGAUUUGGGAACAAUGAAGAGAUUAUACACGUGCAUUGUACAUGUGACAUUGUUUAUGUAAGAUUGUUGAUGGUGCGUCUAUUAUCUGUGACAUAUCGUUUCCACAAAACUUUUACUACUUGUCUUUACCAUUUGAUAUACGCCAUAUUAUCUUAAGACUCUGUACAUACUGUUUCAUAAGUUGUUACAUUUGCGUUAAUAAAGUGCCAAAGAAAGCAGAGA